AUGAACGAUCAAGAUAAUAAGCAAAAAUCACUAUUAUUUUCACCCCUAAAAAUAAACGGGGUAACCCUCAAGAACCGUAUCGGUGUAUCACCAAUGGUCACGUGGCAAGCGGUGGACGGAAUACCUAAUGAUUUUCAUGUGGCUCAUUACGGGUCAUUUGCCCUGGGUGGUGCCGGACUCGUUAUGACGGAGGCUACGGCUGUGGAGCCCCGGGGCCGCAUCACACCGGCCGACACUGGCAUCUGGAAUGAUGAGCAGGUAGAUGGGUGGCGUCGGAUUACUACCCUCAUUAAAUCACAGGGUGCCGUUCCUGCCAUACAAUUGGCCCACUCGGGCCGCAAAGGCAGUACACCAGUCAUUUGGUCAAACGCCAAAAGAUCAUUACCGGACAAUGAAGGCGGUUGGCCCACCAUAGCUCCCAGUGCUAUACCAUUUGGCGGUGAUAUUAAUAAAGUACCCGAAGAGGCCACAGGUGUGGACAUUGAAGUACUUCAGCGCGCGUUUGUAUCCGCGGCUGUGCGUGCAGUUAAGGCUGGCUUUGAGAUAAUUGAAUUACAUUACGCCCAUGGUUAUCUGGGAAGCACAUGGCUGUCACCCAAGUCUAAUCAACGAACUGACAAAUACGGCGGUUCUCUGGAAAACCGAAUGCGCUUCGGCUUAGAGACGGCCCGUCGGGUGCGGGAAGUGAUCCCCAAAUCAAUGCCACUGUUUGUGAGGAUUUCGGUCACGGAUUACGCGGACAACGGAUGGGAUGUCAACGACAGCGUAGAGUUCGCC